AACUCAGCUAUUAUGAGGUCAUCGAGUUCAUUUCCACUCAUGUGGCAAACAACACCUCUUCCAGCCUUCGAAAUCAGGCGAUACAAUACUUCAUCACCCUCCUCGACGAAGGCUCAAUGACCGAUUCCCACAUCCUUCAAUACCUUCGAGUAGUUGUUCUCCCUCUGUUGGCUGCCGAAUUCAAGCAAACCACUUCAGCUGAGAAGACGGUUGAUAGUGCGCUUAUUCAAAAGUUACUGGACAAAGUCUGGUCCCAAGAGGCAGCAAUGGAUUAUCCUCCUCUUUUCACAAUUGAAUUGACUCAGCUCACCGGCAUGCUAUUGGCCAAUGCGUAUACCCAAAUGGGGGUCGGUAACAUCAUGAGCAACGUGGCGCGGUACCUUUACAAGCUUCUGAGGACACCAGAGCCGAUGAUUCGUAACAGCGCGUCUCUAGCAGCUGCGCGAUAUUUCCUCAAGAAUUUGAUAUCUUUCGAAAAGGAUGCAAAGGACACCAAAGAGAGCAAACAAGCGAAAGAUGAGGCAAUACGGUUCUGGAACUUC